CAGUCCAUGUGCAUAUAUACUGAUGAAUUUAAUUUAUUAUUAAUGUAUUUCUCAAAGUUUAUAUAAACAUAUAAUUGCUGAAUAUUUUUAUCAUAACUAUUUUAGUUUUAUCUAAGGAGUAUAAAAGUAAUGACAUUACUUUUCUAUUACAUAAAAUCAUUCUGAAUAUAUAGGCUAAGACAUUAGACCUCGUGGUUUAUCAUUGAGAUGAUUUACUCCAAUUUCGAUCUAAAACAUAAACGUUUUUAUUAACGUUAAAAUUCAAUUUUUUAUUGCUUUAUAUUGAUAAAUAAAAAGAAUAAACAUGUUGAGUUUUAGUGCUGUGGUCACUAGGAAUAAUCAUCUAUACAAUAGUGCCCUUAGCUAUAAGUUCAGAGAUAAAUAUUCUUAUCAACGUUUUUCUGUGAUCGUAAAUAAUUUAACAAGACGACAUAUUGCUUAUCAAAACAAUCAUACUAGAAAAGUAACACUCAUCAAUAAUGAAGGUAAAUUGCUUAGAAGAAUUCACACAAGUUCAUCUUUAAAUUGUCUAUCACCUUUUGGUGAGAAUGGAAAGUUAUCACAAUUAUUAACCAGUCAGCAACCAAAUGCAAGUGCUAAAGAUUUAUUCGAGCAAUCGAAUUCUUCGAAAAACAAUGAUGAUAUUGAAAAGAAUGAUUAUAAUACAGAUCGGUCGAUUGUAGUUGAUAGAUUGAAUCAUUCUCAUGAGUAUCGUCAUGAAAAACGAGAGAAAUACAGUUUAAAGGAUAUUGAGAAAAUGUAUCACAAUCCAGUAUCAAAACUAAAUGAAAUUUAUCAACUUGUCAAUACGGAAUUAGAAAAAAUAGUCCUCAAUGUCGAAUUUCAUCAUUUAAUAUUGGAGAAAAAUGAUAAUAAAUGGAAGUGUACAAUCCGUGUUUCAUGGCCGACAGAAUCUUCUUUUUCGGCUAUUUCCAAUAACAAAAGUAGUGCAAGAAAUCAAGCAUCAUUGAAAUGUCUACAUUGGCUUGAAAAUCUAAAGAAAGUGCAUCACGGUAAACCAGUUCUAUACACAAAAGCAGAUAUAAUAAAAUUAUCAAAAACUCCAACUCGAAUAUCAAUACAUCCAGAAACUUUAUUUGAAGCUAAAUUAAUUGCUGAUAAAUAUGAAGAAAACUUGAAAUCCUUAGUUGAAACUUCUUUAGAUGAAAUUGAAGAUGAUAUGUUUAGAUUCCAAAAGUAUCAAGACGAUACAUUAGCUGAUCCAGUUGGUAGAGCAAAUCCUGGGGCUAGAUUACCGGAAAAAAUAAAAGAAAGAAAUCUUGUACUUCAGUUACGAUAUGAAAGCCGAAUGAUGACUGAUGGUUAUGCUGAUUUACCAAUAAAAAAUUUCAGGGAGAAAAUACUUACAGAAUUAUCAAAUAAUCAAGUUAUUUUAAUUAAAGGUGAUACUGGAUGUGGAAAAACCACUCAAGUACCUCAGUAUAUAAUGGAUGAGUUUGCCAUGAACAAUGCCGCUACUGAUUGUAAUAUAAUUGUUACACAACCGCGCAGAAUAUCUGCUAUUUCACUGGCAGAACGUGUUGCCGAGGAAAGACAAGAGCAAGUAGGCGAUGUAGUUGGUUAUCAAGUAAGACUAGAUCAAGUAUUACCAUCGACUCCAGGUGGAAUUUUAUAUUGUACAUCAGGCAUUCUUUUACGUAAAUUAAUAUUCAAUCCAACAUUAAAAAAUUGUUCACAUCUAAUUAUUGAUGAAGCUCAUGAAAGAACUAUCAAUAUUGACAUGAUUUUGGGACUUGUAAAACGAGCAAUGAAAAAAAAUCCAGCUUUAAAAGUUAUUGUCAUGUCAGCGACAUUAAAUGCUGAAUUAUUUGAAAAUUAUUACAAUUGCAAAGUAAUUGAAGUACCAGGUAAUGUCUAUCCAGUAGAAAUGAAUUUUUUAAGUCAAAUUGAUCGACUUGGCUUACGAGCACCGAGCCAAUAUGAUUUAACUUUUCAAGAUGUUCUACAAACAAAAGAUGUACCUAUACCAGAUAUAUGCAAAAUGGGUGAGUUAAUUUCAUGGAUUGUUAAAAAUAAACCACCAGGUGGAAUAUUAUGUUUCUUACCUGGAUGGUCUGAGAUAACAUUUUUAAAAAAAUACUUGGAAGAAUUUGCUUUAUUACCGCAUAAUGAAAUUGCCAUAUUUGUAAUACAUUCAAGAAUAUCACCUUAUGAGCAAAGAAAAAUAUUUUUAAAAUUACCAGAAAAUAAGAGAAAAAUUGUAUUAGCUACAGAUAUUGCAGAAACGGGAAUAACAGUGUCUGAUAUUGUUUAUGUGAUAGACUCAUGUAUCCAUAAACAAAAAAAGUGGAUAGAAGAUCGAGGAGUUUUGACUAUCAAUAACACUUGGGUAUCUAAAGCUAAUAUACAACAAAGAAAAGGUCGUGCUGGUCGAGUUAAACCAGGUGUUAGUUAUCAUAUGAUAAGUUCAGAACAUUAUGAUCAAUUGGAACCGUUUCCCUUACCAGAAAUAAAACGAACGUCACUCGAAAAAACAGUUUUAGACAUUAAAACUUAUAGUGAUGAAAAAAUAAUGGAUUUUAUACAAUCAAUGCCAGAACCACCAUCUGCUUUUGCAGUAAAACGAGCUAUUGAAGAUCUCAUCAAAAUUGGAGCAGUUGAUAAUAAUGAAAAUUUAACUGCCUUAGGUAAAAGAAUAGCAUUUUUUUCAAGCGAUCCAAAAAUAAGUAAAGCCAUGGUCUAUUCUACUAUCUUUCAAUGUGUGUCUCCAAUGUUAACAAUAGCAGCUAUAGCUUCAUCAGAUCAUGAUUUGUUUACCAAAGCGUUAUUCAAUAAAGAAGCUAUUAGGCGAGUCAAGAAGAAGUAUCAUCCAUCAAGUGACCAGGUUGCAAUGGCGUGGCUAUUGAAAGAAUGGAAUAAAUACUUUGUAAAGAGUAAAGAUACAACGAGAGAUUUUUGUAGAAAGAAUAAUCUUUAUCAUGAGAGAAUGUAUACAAUACAUAGAGUACGAGAACUUCAAGCUGAUUAUUUAACAAUUGUUCGAAUGUUACCUUAUAAAGAUAUGUUUGAUGAUAUGGAUGCUAGUGUUAAUGAAUAUUCACAACUAGAUGAACUCGUUAAAGGCGUUCUUUUAUCUGGAUUAAACAAUGUUCUGUAUCGUAGAAAUUUUGAUUUCCGAAAAGGUAUACUUAAGAAAGGAACUUCUGUCUUCGUCAUGAAUGAUAAUAGUCAUGCUAUAAUUGCUCCUGAAAGUGUUAAUUUUAAAAGAAAAAACUUUCCAAGUCCUUAUUUACUAUUUGAUCAUCGAACACAUUUUUCAGAAAGAAGGACAACAUUAGUUCGCAACAGCAGCAUCAUUUCACCUUUAACAUCAUUUUUAUUCUGUCAAAAUCGAAUAUUAGGACGUUUACAGAGUGAUGGAGAUGAUGAUGAUAAUAACAAUAACAAUAAAAAAUCAGUCAUAUUUACUGUUGAAGAUAACAAAAAUAUGAAUUUUAUUUGUGAUAAGGAAACCGCUGAUGUAUUAGUUAAUUUCCGCGAAGCAAUGUGGGGUGUGGUUCGUUAUAUGGUGACCACCUUUGGCUUAACGCAUCGUGAAAAAACAGAAGUUUUUGAACAAGUCAAUGCUUAUAGAACAGAAAUGCUUCAAGUAUUAGCCAAAAUGUUAAAUGAAGCAGCUGUAAACAUUGAUCGACCAGAAGAUGACAACAAAAGAGAGGACGAUAAUUAGAAAAAGACUUAGAAGAUAACAAAGAAAAUGUAAAAUUUGAAAUAUAUUUAUCGUACAAAUACAUUUUUAUGCAUUACUAUUUGUAAAAAUUUGUUUGUUGUUUUAUAAAUAAACUUCAUUGUGAAAA